AUGUCACUGCUGCGGCUGAACUCGCGACCCGGCUUUGGGGACGUCGACGGCGCUGCCAGGACAAGCACUCGUGGGUACGGCCCGCCAAAACGCAUUAGAUAUGAGGACGUGGAGAGGCAGAUCGCUGCAGCUCAGAGGGACACGCGAGGAGACAGGGGGAAGUGUUCUGCAGUCUGUAGCGCCGCCGCAAGUGUACCCACUCUCUGUCUGUCCUCCCGGGCCCUCAGCGGGUCCAGCUUCCUCCCCGCUAAGACAUGUCGCAUCAAAAGGAAGUGA